AUGAAGGGACUAAUGCGGAUUCAGGUUCGGACAGAUCGGCCGAGGGGCUCUUUCGCUUCGGCGUCACGGGAGCGUCGCCAAUUAGUUUUCAAACGGGCAAGUGGAUGCACCGAUGCGGCUAUCAAUGCGCCUAUCACUGCACCUAUCGAUCAUCUCAUCUCUUCCUGCCAACCGAGUACACACUAUUGGACCACCCGCGCUUUUUUGCAGGUUGCCAGAGGGGUUCACUCCCUAGUGGCCAAGUCAUCGGAGAACAAGCUGAGAAAAGUAAAAAACUACAUCAGCAGCUACCAGGAGAGCAACGCUGAUCCGAAGGGGAAAAACAGAUACCUGGGGUUACUCAGGAAUAUUUACCAUACCAUUCCGUCUAGGUUUAAUGAGACGGAGAUGUGGGAGCACUUCUUAACUGUGCUGAAGCAGGAUAGAUGCUUCGCCAAGUUAAAAAAUAUUGUCAAUAGGAAUUCGCUGGUCUAUCCUUCUCUGCUGUGCAGGCAAAUUGUGUUCCUUUACUACAUCGGGCUGGACGACGAGGCGAACCGACUGCUGGACCAAGUGAAGCGCAAGCUAGCCAAGUGCGAAGCGGAAAUGUUCCUAGAGUGCGACGCAAAAGUGAACGAAGACGUGGGUGAUGUGAUCAAAAUGUUGUAUGUCCUGUACCAUCUAGGAAAGACGAAGCAAAAUUACACAGAGGUGGUUCUCCUAUGUGACAAGUAUAUCUGCAAUACUAAGCGGGACCCCCUGAACAAUUUGAAGUACCUUCUCUACUUCCACCUCUUUUAUGUCCAAAUGAAUCACUCCUUCGGAAAAAUGCACAGGUGUAUCCAAAUGAGGAAGCAUCGCAUGAACUUGGAGCAAAUGAUGUUCCUCAUUCGAUACGUCAACCUUUAUUUGAAGCGCCUAUAUUUGAGCGGCCUUGUCCGGCAUAGGGGAGAUCGCUCGGGUAGGGUAGCGGUUAGACAAGCGGAGAUCACCCCCGAGGAGGGCACACACACAAGUGGGAAUGACUCUCCAUGUGACCGCAAAAAGGUGCGGAACAAAGUACAGAAAGAGUUAGAUAUCUUUCUAGGCAACCUGCUUAGGAUAAAUAAAAAUGAGAAGGACCACGACGUGUUUAGCAGCUUUGACGAUAUUGUAAUAAACGGGGGAAGGAGGGAUGGUAUAUGUGUGUCUCCACCUGCUGCGCGGAGGAACCCCCUCUUGGGAGAAGGAGGAAAGGUGUUCAUUGCCCGGGAGGAUCGCGAUGGAGGACCCACCUGGGAAAGGGGCGACCCCUCUCUCCUUGACACAGGUCUGGUGAACCACUCUAAAGUGGCUGAAGUGACCCACGUGACGGAGAGAGACCUGCUUCUGUACAGAGACAUCUACACAGCCUGCACCAACGAAAUCAUGAAGAGAGUGCUGAUCUGCAAUGAACCACUGGGAGCAGACGACCUCUGGAACAACUUCCUCAGCAGCAUGUUUAGGGACAACUUCAUACACUUCAUGAUGGACAGAAUGAAAAGCGAGAUGAAGAUCCUAAACGAGCAACAAUUUUUUACUUACCUCAAACAGGUGAAAUUAUUACAAAUAGCAGACCAUCCUUCCGUCAAUAGCAUGCUACGAAUAGCUUUCAAACAUCACUCAAUUGCUGAGAUGAAGUCAAUGAACAAUUUUCUCAUUGCGGAUAAGAUGACCUACUAUACAGACAUUUUUUGCCAAUGUCCUUUUGUGCAGAAAUAUAUUCUGAACAUGUACAGGCAAAAUUUGAACUCUUUUAAUGUAAAGAUUUUGAAAAAAAUAUUGGCCAAGUUGUUUUACUUGUUAAAGGAAGAUAAGUCUCUCAUUAACGGUUUUGAUGUGCUCAUAAAAAAUAUUUUUGUAAAAGUUGCAGUGAAUGGAUCGUUUAGCGAUAUCAUCAUGGUUUUGCAAACACUGAGACAAUAUCAUUUUUACAAAAAUGGGGUGAAUAAUGGGCAGUCCAGGAGAAGGGGAGGCUCUUGGAGGGGGAUAUGCCAUGAUGGGAUUUCCCCACCUUGUGGGGGUCCCACUCUUGCCUACGACGAAGUGAGGAAAAAAGUGCUUUCUUUCUUUGCGCCCAUCGGUGCAACGGACAACUGUGAGGAGGACGAAAUGGGAGGAACUCCGGGGGGAGACAGCCUGGACGGCCUCUUCCACUUGAGUGCCCCCCGCCUGGACUACAUGAAACGUGGUGGAGCUAGCAGCAGAGUUAGUGUCGGAGAUAGCGGCGGAGGCAACGCAGAUGACGGUGGUAGGCCACACAGCUGUGCUAAUGGAGGAAGCGAGUACCACCCCAUUUGCGAGUACAUAAUGUACCGAACUGUUAUCGAGAAAAUGCACCUGGGAGGGAAGCUCCUUUACGACAAGUACUUCGAUCUGAACAUCAUCCUGAUGAUGAACAAGCAGCUAGCUAAACUGUUCUUCCUUUUUGUGUGCAAGUUUUUCUCAGCGAUGAGGAGAAGGGACAGCUCCCUGAACAUUUUCGACUGCGUUAAUAACUGUGUUAGCGACGGCGGUGUGGGAAGGAGCUUGAGCGGUGCGGCGAAGAAGGGGGCACACACGAUUGAUCAGAGUGGAAACAGCGGCAGUAGUCCCUGUCAGGCGGAGUUCCCAUUUGGGGACGCAGUGUCUCUUCGCUCCUUCACAGAGGAGAGGUUAGCUAUCCCCACCGAAGUGUUGCAAACCUACGCGCAGAAGCACCCAGAGGAGUACGCCGCUGUGAAGCGCUUCGGCGAUUUGCUCCUACUCACCCUCAUCGACAACUUCCUCUACUUCGAACUGAAGGGUUCCCACUUUAUACAUUUUUUCUUCGGAUUAUUCGAGGAAGACUCAUGGCCCCUCUGUACAUAUCACCAUUUUUUUUUCUAUCGAGUGUUUAAAAGGCUCAGGUACAGUCAGAUAAGUGCCCGGGACAGGAGGUGCGUCCGGGAGGGGGACGACGCUGCGGAUGACGCGGUGGCGGGCUACCUCUCCUCAGAAGAGGCGUUCGAGAGGCGCAGGCAGCAGAUCGUGGACAUUUGCCGGGAGGAGGUAAUGUGGGCCAUCCGGCGGGGCCUGGGCGUGGGAGCGGCAGAAGGGGGAGAAGAGGAAGAAGUGGAAGGCGUGAAAGGCGUGAAAGGCAUGAAAGAUGUGAAAGACGCGGGAGAUGCCAGCCAACGGCCCGACGUGGACUGCCUGAUCAACCUAAUAUUCUGCCACCUCCAGCAGGAAGACAUAAUCGACAUAUUCAGAAACGUCUUCCUGCCGUCCCUAAACGAUUACCUCAAAUGGAAGGGGAAAAAUGCAGCUGUGAAGUACGCACUGGGUGGGGACCCCGCGGAAGGUACCUGCUCCAAGGGAGAAGCACCUAAAGGAAGAAGAAACCAUCACACUAGGACCAUCCAUUUGAACGGUUUUGCACAAAUUAGAAGUUUAUUUAACGAAGAAGGGGAGAGUAAAAAAAUGGAAGUCCAAUCUGCAGAGGUGGUUAGAAGGUAUGAAUUCUUUUACCUUAACAUGAUGAGUAUGGGCAAAGGUAGUGAUGCUCUGGAGGACCCUUUUCCCACCCGGGGAGACUACCUAUGCUACGCUGAUUUUUUACUUCAGAGGAGGGCCGGAUGCUCUGCGCAGGACCUGUUGCGACUCGCCAGGGGGGUCGAUAAAUACGGCCCCUGCGGCGAAGUAGGAAGCUUACUGCGGAGCAUUCAGGCGUCUUGGAGCAGUUGUAUAGACAGAGGCAGUGGAGUGAACUUGGACGUGGACUGCCAAAUAAGUGGCGAUGUUAACUUGGUCACCUUCCAUGUCAGCUACCUCCUGCUUCUGACCGUUUCCAUGCAGAAGAUUCUGCCGGAAGAAGUAGCCCCCGUGUUGAAUCAAAUUGAUAUCGAAUUAGCGAACGGUACAGAUAUCCCCCCCUUUUGGCGUCUCUUACUGGUACAGCUUAUUUAUAUUCUUAGAAUUCAAGGGUUGUUUUCAUUCGACCUGCUUUGCUCCAAGUACAGACAGGUCACCCUCUUGUAUACACGAUCGAUUGGGCAGAUAAAGAAAGAGAGACAAAGGAGUAAGACGAACCAAUGCUCCCGUUAUAGUGAUAACAUAUGGACCCAAAAUAUCGUAAAAUAUCUUCAAGAUCGGAAGGUCCCCUUUGAGGAGGAAGUGCAUCUGGUAGACAGUCCCUUUACAUUCGUCGUUUAUGUACCCUCCAUGAAUCUGUUUCUCCUGAAUGGAGAGAAGUCUCUUUUUUGUGAUACCUUUGUACGUUGUUUGCAGAAUAGCCUGUUUAGCCACAUGGAUUCGAAGGUGGUUCAGGUGCACGAGGGGUGCUACCACUGGUUGGUGCAUCAGAGUGGGGGUGGCGGUGAGCCAGUCGGUGUGGCGGUUAAAGGGUAG